AAAGAAAGAGGGCAGAGUCAUGCUUUGGGAAGCCUUCUUCUAUUUAAAUUUAUAGGUUCUCUACAAACACACCCACAUGUGGACAUACAUUCGUAUACAACAGAGGCUAGCAGACAAAGUCAGGAUGUGACAUCACCCACAGGAAGAAAAACCAAACAGUUUUUCUUUAUGCUUUUCUGUGUUGUCUGUGCUGCUGAGCAAAGUCAGAGCUCCACUCGGACUGCCGGUUGACCAUCAGAGAGGCAGGAUUGAGAGCAGCCAGAGAGGGAACAGCUGGCUCUGACUUCCACAGGGAGUACAAUCCUCUCUGAGCAACUUUCCACCACAUCCCAACCUCACCGCCGGGGGAUUUCAGUGAGAAAGGUUUCAGCUGGAAAUCUUCACAUGACAGACACAGACCCCUGGUAACCUGAACCAGGCUGCUCCCUCUCAUUCACUCAGGAAGGUCAGCUUUAUCAAACACAAACUUAUUCUUCAUUGUGGAGACCCUAAUCUCCCCUUAUCUUGGGGGAAGCGGCUGAGCCAAUGGCGCUGUGUCUCGGACAAGUGUUCAGCAAAGCCAAAACAUUCAGGCCUAGGAAGCGCUUUGAGCCAGGCACACAGCGCUUCGAACUCUACAAGAAGGCCCAGGCCUCGCUCAAGUCAGGUCUGGAUCUGAGGAAGGUGGUACAGCUGCCUGAGGGGGAGAACCUCAACGACUGGAUCGCGGUUCACGUGGUGGAUUUCUUCAACAGGAUCAACCUGAUCUAUGGCACCGUCAGCGAGUACUGCAGCGAGCGCACGUGCCCCAUCAUGUCUGGGGGUCUGAAGUACGAGUACAGAUGGCAGGAUGGUGAGGACUACAAGAAGCCCACCAAGCUGCCUGCCAUCAAGUACAUGAACCUGCUGAUGGACUGGAUAGAGUCUCUAAUCAACAAUGAGGACAUCUUCCCCACCAGAGUAGGUGUACCAUUUCCUAAGAACUUCCAGCAGGUGUGCAAAAAGAUCCUGAGCCGUCUCUUCAGGGUGUUUGUGCAUGUAUACAUCCAUCACUUUGACAGCAUCUGUAGCAUGGGCGCUGAGGCCCACAUCAACACCUGCUACAAACACUACUACUACUUCAUCUCAGAGUUCAGCCUCAUUGAUAACUCUGAACUGGAGCCUCUGAGGGAGAUGACAGAGAAGAUAUGUACUUGACGAGAAGCACAUGGACAAAGGAGUUUACACUAUGACGUUAUCUGAGCCCCCGGAGAAAACACCAUCUGUAAAACAUUCCAAAAGUUGGACAGUUUCAUGGAUUUCACUUAGCUUCCACUUUCCCUUGCAAAGAGAAGCUGCAUCUUCAGAGAUAGUGCACAUUUUGAGGUGCUGUAUCUUUAUACUUCUGUGUCCACCUUUGGCAAAAUGCCAAUGCAUUUUAUGUGGUUUUGCUUCAAGUUUGUGUUUUUAUGUGUUGUACUUGACAUAUGAACUUUUUUGGUUAUAAAUGUUUUUAUUAAACGUC